GAGCGUUGCUAGGCAACGGGAACCAGGGCCGCCACGACUAGGCCGCAGGAGGGAGAAGAGGCCUUCUUGUAGUAGUAGUAGUUGUUGUUGUUAUUGUGGCCGUUUCUCUCGCUGCCCUUCCCGCAUGGCGCUGGAAAUGGACCCGCUGGUCCACGCCUUGAGUUACUUCAGGCGGAGGAAGUUCCAGCCCUGCUCGGAUCUUUGCUCCCAGAUGCUGGAGAAGGAGCCUGGCGACCAGGCUGCUUGGUGCUUGAAAUUACGAGCAUUAACAGAAAUGGUUUAUGUGGAUGAAAUAGAUGUCGAUCAGGAAGGCAUUGCUGAGAUGAUGCUUGAUGAAAAUGCAAUUGCACAGGUUGCACGUCCUGGUACUUCACUGAAAGUCCCUGGAACUAGUCAGGGUGGUGGACCUAGCCAGGCUGUCAGGCCAGUGACUCAGACAGGGAGACCUCUUACAGGAUUUGUACGGCCCAGCACACAGGGAGGACGACCAGGUACCAUUGAACAGGCUAUAAAGACUCCAAGAACUGCUCACACAGCUCGUCCAAUGACUAGUGCUUCAGGAAGAUAUGUGAGGCUUGGAACGGCCUCUAUGCUUACCAAUCCUGAUGGUCCCUUCAUAAACAUUUCUAAACUGAACUUAAAUAAUUAUGCUGAAAAACCAAAGUUGGCAAAGGCAUUAUUUGAAUACAUUUUUCACCAUGAGAAUGAUGUUAAGAAUGCUUUAGAUUUGGCUGCAUAUGCCACGCAACUCGUCCAGUUCAAGGACUGGUGGUGGAAAGUGCAAAUUGGGAAGUGUUAUUACAGGCUAGGAUUAUAUCGUGAAGCAGAAACACAAUUUAAAUCAGCUCUCAGGCAGCAGGAUAUGGUAGAUACAAUACUAUAUUUGACAAAAGUGUAUUCCCGUUUGGAUCAGCCUUUAACAGCUUUAAAUGUUUUCAAACAAGGAUUAGACCGGUUUCCUGGAGAGGUGUCUUUCAUUUGUGGUAUUGCGAGGAUCCAUGAGGAAAUGAACAACAUUUCUGCAGCUGCAGAAUGCUAUAAAGAUGUCUUAAAACAAGACAAUACCCAUGUGGAAGCCAUUGCAUGCAUUGGGAGUAACCACUUUUAUUCUGACCAGCCUGAGAUAGCAUUGCGAUUUUACAGACGACUCCUACAGAUGGGCAUUUAUAAUAGCCAGCUGUUUAACAACCUGGGCCUCUGUUGUUUCUAUGCCCAGCAAUAUGACUUGAUUCUCAGUUCCUUUGAACGUGCACUCUCUUUAGCUGAAAGUGAGGAGGAGGCUGCAGAUGUCUGGUACAACUUGGGACAUGUAGCUGUGGGAAUCGGUGAUAUAAAUUUGGCUUACCAGUGUUUCAAGCUGACCUUAGCCAAUAACAAUGAUCAUGCAGAAGCUUAUAAUAAUUUGGCUGUGCUGGAGAUGCAGAAAGGUCGCAUUGAGCAGGCAAGAGUAUUUCUCCAGACUGCUUCAUUGAUAGCACCUCAUAUGUACGAGCCACACUUCAAUUUUGCUGUCCUGUCUGAUAAGGUUGGAGAUCUUCAGAGGAGUUAUGUAGCAGCGCAAAAAUCUCAAGAGGUUUUUCCAGAACAUGUGGAUACACAGCAGCUUAUAAAUCAGUUAAAACAACACUUUGCCAGACUUUGAUGAAACACUUCAUUCAGAGCUAUCUAAAAUUCUUCUUCUUCAAAGUAUAGACAAAGAGGAUGAGUUAGUACUUAAUUUCAGAAUAUUUUUAUAGGGAGUUUCUAUUGUCCUAACGAAAGAAGGGUCAUAUACGAAACUUGCGUGUUACGGGUAAGAGCUGCUUCCUUAAGCUAAAGUGACUGUAAAGUAGCAUAAUCUACUUGACAUGUCUACUGGCAGCAUUUUUUUUAGUAUAUUAAGUGAAGGAAGGCAGUGUUUGCUUCAUUCCAUAUAAAGGAACAGAAGCAUUUCAUGGACAAGUUGCUAGAAAAGGAAGUUUACCUUUGUUCCUAUUUGUAUAUGUUAGUUUCUUCCUUUUUUGAGGAGGCAUUACCCUCCCCCCCUUUUUUAAAAAACUUAAGGGCCAAGCAGAGAGUGGAAAGAAGUAGUAAACAACAAAUCAUAGGGUAUGUAGGAUAUUUUGAGAAUGACUGCCUCAGUGGGGCAGGUUCUGUUGAGCAGGAAGGUGGCAGCUAUGAAAUAUCUCCUCUACCUGACUUAUCCUCAUUUCUAAGUCCUGGCUAACUUGCAUAAGUGGACAAAUGGGUAUUGCCUCCAGCCUCAUAACUGAGAAGUCUGAACAUAAUGGUUGUUUAGGGCAGCCAAUUGUUUUUAAAAGUUAUCUGGAUGUGGUUUACUCUUCAAUAAAACGGUCACUAAAAGCAAUAGAUAUCAACCGAAUAUGUGUACCUGUAGGGCAAUAUUCAGCUUCAUAAAAAUGAAUAUACUAUCUUUUAAAUUGUAAUUUCUCGUAUAUGUUAUCUUGCACUUAAGAUUUAACAGAUCACAAAAGAAACUACUGUUAUUAAUAUCACUGAAGCAGGAGCAGUUGCUACCAGCUUUUCCAACAUCAUUUCUUCCUGUGGUCCAGUUAUUUACAGUCCUGCCCCAUUUGCUGAAGCUAACAGUACAGUAUUUCUAUUUUGCCCCUCACUAACUGGGGAGAAGAAUGGCCCUGUAGCACCUGUAUCAGACAGGACAGUUUCUGACAACUGGACAACCUCUCCAACUGGAUUGACAGGUAAAAGAAGAUUCUUUAAAUUGCAAGCAAACGACCCUCUUUCCAUGAUAUUAAUAUUAGCAGUCAGAGAAAGACAUGCAUUUGUGUUACUUCUGGCUUACAACAUGCUCCCCAGUGAUUAAUGUGUUUUAGAAUUUAUUAAUAAUUCCAUGUAAUGCUAUAUUGCCAUUUGGUUAGCUGUGAUGUAUAUUGUUAAAAGUUAUUUAUAAUAAAAUAAAAAUGUAGACUUUAAUCAGUUAAAAGGGUCUUUUCCCCCUCCCCAUGUUUUUGGAGGGUUAUAAACAACAAAAAUUCAGGAAGAAAAAUGUUUUAACUUUAGGUCCAUUUUCUUAUUUUCAAGGUCCAGUGAGGUUGAUGAGGGAUUCAUGGGCCCAUACUGUAAAGUCACCAGAAGCUAGGAAGAAUCAGCCCAGGUUAGCACUUGGGUGGGAGACCGCCAAUGAAUAUCAGGUACUGUAGACUAGGGGCCUGUAUAGACA